UCUGAAGGGCAUAAAUCAGACCGCACCAUGCCUCCUAAUAAAGAGGCCAGCAGUGUUUCUAGCUCACCAGCAGGGCUCAUCUGCCUUCCUCCAAUUUCUGAGGAGCUACAGCUUGUGUGGACCCAAGCAGCCCAGACCAGUGAGCUAGACAGCAAUGAACACCUGCUACAAACCUUCAGCUACUUUCCCUAUCCCAGCCUAGCAGACAUUGCCCUUCUCUGCCUACGUUAUGGACUACAGAUGGAGAAAGUCAAGACUUGGUUCAUGGCCCAGCGCCUCCGCUGUGGCAUUAGCUGGUCAUCUGAAGAAAUAGAAGAGACUCAAGCACGAGUGGUAUACCAUCGGGACCAACUCCACUUCAAAUCUCUUCUCUCUUUUACUCAUCAUGCAGGGCAGCCACCAGAGGAGGUGCCACCUUCUCCAGUGCCACCUCCAGAACAAGUUGGUCUUGGAAUAGGCCCUUUGACUUUAGAGAGCCCCCCCCAGAUAAAAGGAUUGAAGGUAGAACCUGAGGAGUUCUCUCAUAUAUCAGCACUGCCACUGAGUCACCAGAAAGCAAAGGAGUCCCUUUUGACACCUGGCAGUGGAACAUUCUCCCAAUCAGAUUUUUGGCAGGAUCUUCAAAGCAGUGGCCUCUCUAAGAAACUGGCAGGCAGUGGUCCUGACCACUCACAUGGUGUAGGUACUUCUUCCUGGAACCACUCCAUAGCUGUCCACCAGUCACGUGCUCUGGAUAAGCCUCCAUCAAUCUCAUUACUUGCCAGUAGUUGUAAGGAGGAGUCAGCACCUAGUAUGACUCCUUCUUCCUCCUCUUCUUUCUGGGUACUGGCUAAUGGAGCUACUGCCACCUCUAAACCCCUCCAGUCACUAGGCUGUAUCCCACAGUCACUCUCACCCAAGGAACAGGCACUACCCCCACACCUGGAGCCAGCCUGGCCUCAAGGGCUACGGCAUAACUCAGUGCCAGGUAGGGUUGGCUCCACAGACUACCUUUCUCCAGGUAUGCAAUGCCAGCGAAAGACUAAGCGUAAAACCAAAGAGCAGCUGGCUAUUCUCAAAUCCUUUUUUCUACAGUGCCAAUGGGCACGGCGUGAGGAUUACCAUAAAUUGGAACAGAUCACUGGUUUACCUCGGCCUGAGAUCAUUCAGUGGUUUGGUGACACAUGCUAUGCUUUGAAGCAUGGGCCACUAAAAUGGUUUCGGGACAAUGCAGUACCUGGUGCCCCUAGUUUUCAAGACCCAGCAAUUCCUACACCACCAUCAACCUGCUCUUUGAAAGAAUGGGCUGAGACACCACCUCUACCAAUUCCCCCGCCCCCACCGGAUAUACGACCUUUGGAGAAGUAUUGGGCAGCCCACCAACCUAGGGAAAUUGAUGUCCCUCAGCUGAGUCAGGCGUCAAGACUUAGCACCCAGCAGGUACUGGAUUGGUUUGACUCUCGAUUACCUGAGCCAGCUGAGGCGGUAGUUUGUCUAGAUGAAGAAGAGGAAGAGGAAGAAGAGGAACUGCCAGAAGAUGAGGAGGAAGAAGAGGAGGAAGAUGAUGAUGAGGAGGAUUAUGUGAUCAUACAGGACUGAGCGAGGGAGGGAUUUUGGGAAGGAAAAGAUCUGUUACUAAAAGAUGAACCCAAUUUUAGAAACUUUAAACAAAGAAACUACGUUUUUUAAAUUACCUUGUGGCAAAGAAUUUAAAAGCUUUUGUAUUCUUCAGGGUGGAUGAUAGGGUUGUAGUAAGUUGAGGGUGGACCAGGGAGGAUGAUCAUAGUACACAAAGUCAUGGAUUGGAUCAGCAAAUAAUCCAGUACUCUAGCCACAUGUAGAGGAGGCCAAGAACCUGGGCCAGGAAAUGUCUCCUGUUCUUUAUAGGCUAUUCUUUUCCCUUAGUGUACUACAGAAAACAGACCUCAGCUACACAUAUAUAGGAGGCCUGGAAAGAAGGGGUAAAGAAUUCUGAUUUAAUUAAUAAUUCUAAUGAAUCACCAAUCCCACCAUUUUCCCUGGAAUAUAAGGCUGCCUUGUACUGUUUCCUUCCUCUCUGAGCACAAAUUCUGUGUAAUGCAGCUAAGAUUCUCAAUGGGUACCAGGCCUUGUCAGAAAUACUCUCUCUUCUUAUAUCAAUUUGAUGCUCUGUGUUUUACCUGCUUCAUCACCGAAUCACUGGUGGUAAAAAUGUUCUCAUUUUUGAUACUGGGACAACUUUGUCUUCUACCUUUUUAUCUUUACAAAAUCCCCUCUCUAUUAACUAUUUGUCUCAGGGUAAAUCU